AUGAAUUCAAGAUGCAUCUGCGGAAAAGUAUGCAAAAAUCCACGAGGCCUAAAGAUACAUCUGGCCAGGAUGAAGUGUAGGGACAAAGAAAGUAUACUGCAACGCACAGGACCUGGUCCUGGUGAGACGCAGGAGGAGCCGGGCCCGGAAGCACCCCACAGUGCCCAGCCCCUCCGAGCAGUAGAGCCUCUGAAUCCCUGCCCAACAGUCCAACCAAAGCGGAUCAAGUGGCCUUCAGCCAACAGCCACACAGUGUGGGAACAGUUUGAUUCAGAUGUGAGCCAGAUCCUGGAGACUACCGCCAAGGGAGAGGUGGACAGGCGGCUGGAGACCAUGACUGCGAUUAUCAUCAGCUAUGCUGCAGAGAGGUUUGGCCACCUUGAGAGCAGGAGCGUCAGGAACAGCUACACUCUGAACCGCAGAGCCGCCCAGAUCCACAAAUUACGCCAAGAACUCCGGAGUCUCAGGAAACAGUACAAGGCAGCUAGAGAGGAAGAGAAACAUCCACUCGCUGAGCUCCGCAACAUACUGAGGAAGAAGCUCAUGACGCUACGCAGGGCAGAAGGACAUCGAAGGCGGGCAAAGGAAAGAGCAAGAAAGCGUGCUGCUUUCAUCUCCAACCCCUUCACCUUCACCAAGAAGCUGCUAGGGGACCGGCGUAGUGGCAGCCUCGUUUGUUCACCUGCGGAGGUAAAUGCCUUCCUCCAUAACACCCUCAGCGACCCGGAGAGAGAUCAGGAACUAGGACCGCAGAGGGCCCUGAUAACCCCGCAGGCUCCAACAGUGGACUUUGCAAUGAGAGAGCCCAGCUGGACGGAAGUGCAGGAGGUUGUGAAGGGGGCAAGAACAGCUUCAGCCCCCGGCCCCAGUGGUGUUCCAUACACUGUAUACAAGCGCUGCCCUCAAAUUCUGCGACACCUGUGGAAGAUUUUGAGGGUGAUAUGGCGUAGGGGAAAAGUUGCAGGCCAAUGGCGACAUGCGGAGGGCGUUUGGAUCCCUAAAGAAGAAAACUCCAAGGACAUCAGCCAGUUCAGAACUAUCUCGCUGCUAAGCGUCGAAGGAAAGAUAUUUUUCAGUAUCUUAUCACGACGGCUGACAGAGUUUCUUCUGAAAAAUGGCUACAUUGACACCUCUGUGCAGAAGGGCGGGAUUCCUGGAGUGCCUGGCUGUCUUGAGCACACAGGAGUGGUGACACAGCUCAUCAGGGAAGCGCGAGAAGGAAAGGGAGACCUGACCGUGCUUUGGCUGGAUCUUGCCAAUGCGUACGGCUCCAUACCGCAUAAACUGGUUGAGCUUUCACUCCUGCGGCAUCAUGUUCCCAGCAAAGUAGCAGAUCUUAUCCUGGAUUAUUACAACAAUUUCAGGUUAAGAGCCACUGCUGGGUCAGGUACAUCAGACUGGCAUCGACUGGAGAAGGGCAUAAUAACUGGCUGCACCAUCUCUGUCAUUUUGUUUGCCCUUGCCAUGAACAUGAUUGUCAAGUCUGCAGAGGUGGAGUGUAGGGGACCCUUGACAACAUCAGGUGUACGGCAGCCCCCUGUAACAGCCUUUAUGGACGACCUAACUGUCACCACCACAUCUGUCCCAGGCAGCAGAUGGAUCCUUCAAGGCUUAGAGAAGCUCAUCGUAUGGGCAAGGAUGAGCUUUAAGCCGGUGAAAUCUAGAUCUCUGGUGCUCAAAAGGGGAAAAGUGACGGACAAGUUCCGUUUCACUUUGGCUGGAACCAUCAUCCCAUCCAUCUCAGAGCAGCCAGUUAAGAGCCUGGGGAAGGUCUUUGACUGCAGCCUCAAAGACUCCACCUCAAUCCAGAGAACCAACAAAGAGCUGGAGGACUGGCUGAGGCGCGUUGACACAUCAGGCCUGCCGGGGCGGUUCAAAGCUUGGAUUUACCAGCAUUCCAUCUUGCCCCGAAUCCUGUGGCCGCUCCUGGUGUAUGCGGUGCCCAUUACAACGGUUGAGGCCAUGGAGAGGAAGAUAAGUAGCUUCCUGCGCAGAUGGCUUGGCCUGCCCCGCAGUUUGAGCAGUUCUGCCCUGUAUGGCUGCAGUAACGUCUUGCAGCUCCCGUUCAGUGGACUCACUGAAGAAUUCAAGGUGUCCAGAACACGGGAAAUCCUGCAGUACAGGGAGUCCAGGGAUGAGAAGGUGGCAUCUGCUGGGAUCCAGGUACGAACAGGAAGAAAAUGGAGAGCAGACAAAGCUCUGGAGGUGGCAGAGUCACGGCUGAGGCAGAAAGCCUUGGUGGGGUCCAUAGCCUCAGGGCGCGCAGGCGUGGGAUAUUUCCCUACAACCAGGGCGGAUAAGGCCCAGGGUAAAGAACGGCAGCGUCUUAUCCAGGAGGAGGUGCGAGCAGGCGUGGAGGAAGAGCGGACCAGCAGGAUGGUGGGAAUGGGCCAGCAAGGUGCAUGGACUAAGUGGGAGAACGUUCUGCAACGAAAGGUAACCUGGUCCAACAUCUGGAGAGCAGACGUUCAUAACAUCAGGUUCUUAGUCCAAGCUGUAUAUGACGUCCUACCAAGUCCAAGUAACCUUCAUGUCUGGGGGAAAACAGAAACGCCAUCCUGUCCCCAGUGUCCAGGACGGGGAUCUCUGGAGCACCUGCUCAGCAGCUGCCCAAAAGCCCUGGGAGAAGGGCGCUACCGUUGGCGCCACGACCAGGUCCUUAAGGCAGUUGCUGACAGCAUAGCCACAGCCAUCAACACCACCAAGAGCCAUGGCAGGGUGCAGACCAUCAAGUUCCACAGAGCGGGAGAGAAGCCUGAAAAACAACCACGGGCAAGGUCAGGUCUCCUCACCACUGCAGCUGACUGGCAACUGCAAGUAGAUCUAGGCAAGCAACUUAAGUUUCCUGCAAGGAUAACAUCUACGCGACUGCGACCCGACAUGAUCAUUAUGUCAGAAUCCACCAAGCAACUGAUCAUGUUGGAACUUACCGUUCCCUGGGAAGAGCGUAUGGAGGAAGCAAACGAAAGGAAACGCGCCAAGUACCAGGAACUGGUAGACGAGUGCAGGAAGCAGGGCUGGAGAACUAUCUGUGAGCCCCUGGAGGUGGGCUGCCGAGGUUUUGCAGGGCGUUCCCUCUGCAAAGUUCUCUCGGUGCUCGGCCUCACAGGGGAGGCGAAGAAGAAGGCCAUCAGAGCCGCGACUGAAGCCGCAGAGAAGGCCACAAGGUGGCUAUGGAUCAAGAGGGCAGAUCCGUGGGCAAGAGCUGCUGGGACACAGGCCGGAGCUUGAUCACCUCCGGUCGGGUCGCCUGGGUGAGGGUGUAUGAUGUUGAGAGACCCGAAACACCCAAUGAUCGCCAGGAAUCACAUCACUGAUGAUGUG